AUGUCAUAUUACAACAGGUAUAGGAACAAGAGAAGAAACGAUAAUGGUGGUGGAAAUUUAAAUAACAAUAACAAUAAUGGUGGUAUGCCAUCUGGACUCUCCGCCUCAGAUGCCAUUUUUGAUUUGGGAAAAAAUAAGAGAGUUACAGUGAGACAAUUUAGGAACAUAAACUUAAUUGACAUCCGUGAAUACUAUCUGGACUCUUCUACGGGCGAAAUGAAGCCUGGGAAGAAAGGUAUUUCGUUGACAGAAGAUCUCUAUGACGAACUGCUUAAACACAGAUUAAAUAUUGAUGAGGCAUUGAGAAGGCUGGGAUCCAAGAGGCCAAAAACGAAAAUGGUUAGACUUUUAUCCGACGACGAAUAUGAAGAUGAUAACAAUAAUGACACCAUCAAUAAUGAUAAGGACAAGAACAGCUCAAAGAAGAGGAGGGAAGACAAAUCCAAGUCAUCUAACGAAAAUCAGGACUUGGAACCCCGUUCAAAGAAAAAGAAGCCUGCUCCACCUACCCUGUUACCUCAUGAGGAAAACAUUCAAAAUGCUGAAAGGGAAGCAAAUGCUACUUUGAUCAUUCCAGGGCAGGCUGGUAGGAAGCAACAGGAAGAACGAAAGCAGAAGGAGAAAGAAGAGGAAGAAGAAAAGGCAAAGGCAAAGGCAAAGGCAGAGGCAAAGGAAAAUAUACUUGAACCUCAACCUGAACCUGAACCUGCACCUGUACCUAUGGUUCAAGCUAAAAAGGAAGACGCUCUCUCCAAUAUAGACGACGCAAAAGAUGCAAAUUCUAGUGACGAAGAAUUUGCUCAAAGCUUGGAGGCUGAAAUGAACAAGGCUGAAGACGAUAUAAGUGAAGAAGAAUAA